UUUUUUUAUAUUCUAUAAUUAGUGUAACCAUUUGUGCAAAAAAUCAUACAAAUAAAGACCUUUAUUUAGUUCACGCGAUAUUUCCGGUCCUCUUUUAAUAAAACCAUUCCUUGCGCAAGACCAAAGAAAAUCAAAUCAUCGAUUGAAAGCUCAAGCUCAGCAGCGUUGGAAAAUUAGUAACCGACGGUCACACACGAGUAAAAUCAUUUUUUUAUUAGACUGUUUACCAUCAAUGUUUUAAAAUACUAGUAAGCAUUAUAUGAAUUCAAGGUAAACAUGGGCAAAUUUGUGUUAGUUUUUGUGGGAUUUCUAUUAGCUGCAUCAACAGGAUUACCCACCAGCAAAAAAGAUGAAGUUGAACCUGUAGAACCAAUUACUACAUAUGGAGACCAACCAAUAGUUGAUACAGGUAUUUUUGGAGGAUGGGAAAAUCCAUUUUCAACGUCUUUCGGAGGCCUUUUUGAUAACUUGGAAGGUUUAAUGGAUAGAAUGAGGAAUCAAAUAGCGACAUUACUUAAUCGAUUCCCUCUGAACUCUAAAUCGAACUCCACUGAUUCUCUAUUUCCGUUUCCUGGGAUCGGUUCUCUCCCUGGAAUUGGCGAUAUUGAUUUGUCCAAAGGCAAUACCACUAGUAUUACCAAGGUUAUAGACGGCCGUACAGUGGUAAUAAACGAAACAGAGUACAAGAAUGAAGAUGAUUUUGGUGGCACUUUUUUCAAAGUUCGCGUAAUUGAUGUCAAGCCUGAGAAUGAAGAAACUACCACUGUUGAAGCGAGAGAGAAAGAACCUACGGCCGAUAGUUGGGAAAAUGAAAUUUCCAAGUCCAAGGAGGCAGGUCAAGAUUUUAAUCAGAGCUCGAUUGAAUUUGAAGAUUUAUCCCAAACUUUUUCUACAUCAGAACCUGUUAAUGACGAAAAAUUACAAUGGUCUAGUAACAAAGAGUAUCAAACCAUGGAUCCCUUGUUAAAUCAAAACACAAGGAUUGAAAGUUUAUCCAGCGUUGAAACAUUUACAAACGCUAAUAAAAUAGAUUAUGAGAAGGAUGAUACAAAUUCUGAAGAUAAAUUAGAAAAGUUCGACGAAAAUAUGAAUCCAGAAUGGAAUAAUUUCCAACCAAUGGAGUCUAUCGAAUCUAAUGACAUUGAUGAAAAGGAAUUUCAUGUUUCCAAACAUGAAAUAGGUGACUUGUCAAGAGAUACUUACGUAAACGUCUUAGCAGCAAAAAAUGGCAUGACUCCAAAUCCCGAUGCAGAAGUUUUUCAAGUGUUUGAUCCCAGAUAAUUGCAAAAUGCGUUUUUUCUUCAAGACUGAUUAUUGCGUUACUUACUUUUAAAAUUAUCAGGAAAGAAUUUUGCCAAAGAAAUUGAUAUUAUUGGAGUGUUUACUUGCCAUUUAUAUUUUAUGUCUAUUUAUUUAAUAAAAUAUAUUGUAAAAGAACAA